AUGAAUUCGCAGUACUCAAAGAUAGCCGCGUUAAACUUGGAAAAAAGUCUGUCGAAAUUUCGUGGUGAUGUUAACAUUGCUCCGUUUGCAUAUUUGUUUGUGGAAAUGGUCAGGUACUCAAUGCGUAAUGUACCGAACAUGGAUUGUGUCCAGAGAAGGCUAGCCGAAUUCGGACGCCAUGUUGGUGAACGCAUGGUGGACGUUGUUUAUGUGCGAGAAAAACCCCAGAAACGUGAUACCCGGCUAUACAACUCACUGAUGUUUUUGAAGAGCACAUUUUGGAAGAGUAUUUUCGGAAAAGAGGCGGAUGAACUGGAACAAGAUGGGGGAGAUAAGAACACCUAUUAUCUCAUUGAACACGAGCCUGUGGUGAACCGGUUCACUCGAUUUGUUUUCGAUGAAAAAGAAGCCGUACCACUGAAUACCGCUGCGUUUAACUGUGGAAUCGUUGAAGCAUUUCUGACCAACACGGGCUACCCAUGCACCGUAACCGUUACUUGGUACAAAGGAACCGCGUAUGUGAUCAAGUUUGACCCCAUUGUCGCUGCUCGGGAACGUCAAUUGGAGGGCAAAUGAAGCUGGAUUUUUUGAGCUGGCAACAUAGCUUGCUCCUCAACACGUCACUCUUUUGACUGUGAUAACACCCCCAUUUUCUUGUGAGGUCCCCCAGUUUUCUUGUAAUGUACAAAAUCUGCUGCCCUGUCAUUUGUUUUAUCAGCAGCUACCACACCAUCGGCCGAAUAUAAUCAUACCUCCUAUCAUCGUCCAUAGAUACCAUGUUGGACAGAAAUUAGGUGCCUCGUAUAUCCACGACGAACUGCUGAAUUUAACGGAUACCGUCCUGGAUUCCAGUCAAGUAUUACUAGCAGUUGAGAUGGAAUACGCUUCUUGAAAAGCACUAUACUUUGCUACUUUCAAGGACAUACGAGUUGGGUUGGGCAAUACGAACAUCUGUUGAGCCCCGCACGUUUUAUGAAGUAGUUGAGUACGACCACUGUUGAACACUGGAGCCACCAGUGUUAUUUGGCUGCAGUAUACACACUACUUGUAUGUCGGGCUUUUGCACCCCCAGAUCAGAGUUCACGUGCAUCGAACUCCCGAAAAUACGCGAGUUGCGAUGGUUUCACCACAACAGACUUGUCGUUCGUUUUGAAAUUCUGUCAGACAUUGGUCACACCAGGCGUACCUUAUCAAUCGUUUU